AUGCUCAAGGACCAGGAAUCAGAGAAGUCCCACAUCUCUACCAGCCUAGAAGCAGACACAGAGGUGACAUUUUCACUGUCCUGUGAGGAACUGCUCUCAUGACACCAGGGGCAGUAGCAGCUGGUGGUGAGCCUUUGGCCAGGCCAAUUGGUGACAAGACUGAGUAUAGAGGUCACAGUAUCAGAAAAGACAAGCAUUUGUUAUAUUCACAUACCAUCUCUAAGGACAAACCACCGGGGCACAAACAUCCACACUUGCAGAUAUAUAUCCCCAUCCACUCAGAUGGAGAAGGGAGGGACCUGUGUACAAAUCACCUUCUAUCUAACACUGAAAGACCAGUUUGCCUUCUCCAGCUCAGGCAUCAUGGCUAACUUCAUGUUCCAGUAUGAUGCAGUCAUGGAGGGCAUCAUUGGAGAUGUGCAGAUUUACAACAGCCGUUUUAUUCAUCACUUUGCCCCCAGAGGCCUCCCACCUGUAGAGAAACGUGUGGUGUUCAUUACUGACCCGAGUGGCUCCGAGUUUGGUACCAAGUUCAGUGAAGCGGAAAGGGCCGUGAAUGUGAUGCUUGGUGAACUGCGGGCCAAUGACAACUUCAACAUAACCCCUUUCCUGACCAUUAGUGUCUGGAAAGCUGGAAGUUCCAUCCAGGCCACCACCCUGAAUGUCCACAGUGUCAAGGACUACAUGACUGAUGGUUGGACCAACAUCAAGAUAGCUCUGCUGGCACCUGCUUCAGUGCUGAAUCAUAGCAACCAGGAGCUUGGGAGAGGCCCCAGUGCGGGGAGGACCCCUCUCAUCAUGUUCCUGGCAGAUGGGAAGCCCACGGCCUGUGCCAUGACCCCCAAUGUAAUCCUCUCCAACAUCCAACAGGCGCUGGGAAGCGGCGUGUCCCUUUUCAGCUUGGCCUUUGGGGGAGAUUCUGACAUCCCACUGCUGUGUCGCCUGUCUCUCGAGAACCAGGGAGCAGCCCAGCGCAUAUACGAGGACAAUGAAUACGCAGCCAUACAACUGGACGGCCUUUAUGAGGAGAACGCCAUGUCUCUGCUGGCAGAGUUGGGAGGCUUGAUUGGGACCUCCCCUUGGGCUGUUUUCCCCAACUACUUUGGGGGCUCUGAGUUGGUGGUAGCAGGUGCGCCCAGUGAGCAGGAACUGGGCAUCUACCUGGCAACCUAUGGUUCCAUGAGUCAGCUUCUCAUGGCUCGCCACAGUGAGGUGGCCACCAGCACCAGCCAGAAGGCCUUUGGUUGCCCAGGGUAGCCAGCUCCUGAUAAAGCCCUCUUUAUGUACCACUUCUGGGCCUGCGUCACCAUUGGAGAGCUGCUGGAGGCCUGAUUCCAAACUCGUGACAUCCCCACUGCUGGCUCCCAAAGUCUUCAACCUGUCCUUGAAUACAAUUUUGUCACACUUCUAACUUCACUGGUCAUGGUGCAACCCAAGGGGGCCAGCGAGGGCCAGAGACAGACCUCCAUCACCGCUGGACCAGGUGUCACCAGCCCCUCAUCCACCAGCAGGCGUGACCUGGGAGCAGGCAUAGCCCGGCCAUCCAUGGUAGCCAAGAUUGCUCCUAAAUCCAGGCUUAUGAAACCAAGGUUCUACUUAUGCUCACCUACUCCUGUCUCUACAACGAAGAUUCCCCGUUCCAAGGAGUUGGAUGAGCCUCAGGAUCAGAGACCUUAUAGCCUGUCCACUCCAGCACGCCCAAAGCCCAAAAUUCCAGCACAACAAUUUGGCACUUGGAGCAGUCAGUCAACCCUUCAAACAAAAACUACUGCCCUUUGUCCCUCAGAUGCUGGACUUCUGAAGCCCAGGACUCCAUCACACCAGAAUCCUGGUACCCUAUUGAUUGAGGAAGUUAUGAAAUGGGUCCAGGCAAAUUCCCAACCAACAAUGGGCCUAUCCAACAGAUCCAGGCCUAUGUCAGAAGGCAGCCCCCCAAACCUGGCAAUAUUGCUCCCUGCAGGUGUCAGCCUGCUCCUUUUCCCUGGAAAACUAGAACUGCUCUCUGGACCAAUGGUGGAGUCCAAGUUUGUGUAGUCCUUGAGCCCACUGGCUUUCUGUAACUUCCUCACUCCUGUCGAAGAUGGAAAUCCACAUUGGGUUGGCAAUUCAGAGGAGAUACUGGGAGGAGCUGAAGGCAGCAUGGAGUCUCAGGGAAGUUCUACAGGGCUAUCAAAAGGCACUUUGCCAAGUAUCUUCACCUCUUCAUCCUCAGUGGAUGGGGACCCUGUUUUGUGAUCCCACAACCCAUGCUCAGAAGAGAAGAUAUGCUUCAUGCUGGCCAGGUGCCCACGGGACCUGUGACAGCUCAUAGACGACCCAAAGACAGGACUGCAGGCAGGUGGACAGCUUCUCGGGGCACGGCAGCCAGGCCAGGAGGACCAGAUGUGCCAUGACCCCAGGAUCAUUACAGUCACCGCAGACAAAAGCCAGGCCCAUGCUAUCACUGUCAGUCUCAGUUCCAUAUCUGUGUGAGGGGAGGGUACCUUGCACCUGUCCUGGGACCACCCUGCUCUGCUGAGGAGGCCUUAGCUAGAGCUCCAUGUGGCUCCUGCAGCCCACCUCACCCUCUGCAUUAGACCCCACCUUGAGUUCCUAGUCUUCCAGCUCUGCUAUGGGCACCUCUGCACCCUGCCACUACCCAACCUGGUGUUCGAUGUCAUCAGUGGCUGGUGCCUCAGCACCUUAGCUUGGGCCUGCUGGAUUUACAACAGCCGUUUUAUUCAUCACUUUGCCCCCAGAGGCCUCCCACCUGUAGAGAAACGUGUGGUGUUCAUUACUGACCCGAGUGGCUCCGAGUUUGGUACCAAGUUCAGUGAAGCAGGUAGCAAAGACCCUGAGGACCUCCUGUAA